GCCAAGUCUGGACUGGCGACGCCGACGGCGUCGGAACUCGCUGGAAGAUCUGCCCCGGGCAGCUCAACAGUUCGCAAAGUCCCGGCUCGCGGCCGCGCGGCUAUAUCUGCUCCUGGGCGGCGUAGGGCCGCGGGGGCCCCCGGACUGCUGUAUCCCAGGGCUGUCCCGGACAUGUCCCGCAACCCCUGCCGAACACUGGCGCGCCUCCACUGGCUGCAAUUCGGGGGGCUCUGAGACUACAGCUCCCUCCACCCUAACUUUUGACUGUGGGGCCCCCCAGCCCGAGAGGAACGGGCGGCCCGGCUGGGGGAGCCCCGGGCAUGGUGUGACGGGGCGGUCAGCUUUGCCCCCGCCUCUGCCACCGUCGUCUCUGUGCCCUCCAGAAUGUAGCUGCUCUCUCCGCGUCCCCCUGGACUGCAGCCGCAAUCUCCGCGACCUCCAGGCUCCAGCCGCCAACUCCUUGUCUCCCGCGACCCCGCCGCCGUCUCCACGUUGCCCGUCUCUGCGCCCGGCGGACUCCAGUUUCGAGACCCCCUCCGUCUUCGCGCGCCUGGGACUCUAGCGGCCGUCUCCGCUAUCCCCCUAGGAUUCAGCCACUGUUUCCGCUCUCCCCAAACCCAGGGUCCAGCCGCCGUCUCCUCUUAUCCCUGGAUCCCGCCCUGUCUCUGCGCCUCCCCCACCCCAACCCCAACCCGGUCUCCAGCGGCGAUCUCCGAGCUUCCCGGGAUCCAGCUGUCGCGCCAGUGCGGGCGCGUCCAGCCGCUGCCCCGCCGCGCGCCCCGAGUCCGCCCGGGCCUCGGCGGGGAGAUGAACGCGCAGCUGGACGGCCUGUCGGUGAGCUCGUCCUCUACCGGCUCGCUGGGCUCCGCGGCCGGGACGGGUGGCGGCGGGGGCGCGGGGCUGCGGCUGCUGUCUGCCAACGUGCGCCAGCUGCACCAGGCGCUGACGGCGCUGCUGAGCGAGUCGGAGCGGGAGCAGUUCACUCACUGCCUGAACGCUUACCACGCGCGCCGCAACGUCUUUGACCUGGUGCGCACCCUGCGCGUCCUGCUGGACAGCCCGGUCAAGCGGCGCCUGCUGCCCAUGCUGCGUCUGGUCAUCCCGCGCUCCGACCAGCUGCUGUUCGACCAGUACACCGCCGAGGGCCUCUACCUGCCCGCCACCACCCCCUACAGGCAACCCGCCUGGGGUGGCCCCGACGGCGCAGGGCCGGGGGAGGUGCGCCUGGUGAGCCUGCGGCGAGCCAAGGCCCACGAGGGUUUGGGCUUCAGCAUCCGCGGGGGCUCGGAGCAUGGCGUGGGCAUCUAUGUGUCGCUGGUGGAGCCAGGCUCUCUGGCCGAGAAGGAAGGGCUGCGUGUCGGGGACCAGAUUCUGCGUGUCAACGACAAAUCCUUGGCCCGGGUGACCCACGCUGAGGCGGUCAAGGCUCUGAAGGGCUCUAAGAAGUUGGUGCUGUCUGUGUACUCUGCAGGGCGCAUCCCCGGGGGCUACGUCACCAACCACAUCUACACCUGGGUGGACCCGCAGGGCCGCAGCAUCUCCCCGCCCUCGGGCCUGCCCCAGCCCCACGGCGGCGCCCUGAGGCAGCGCGAGGGCGACCGCAGGAGCACCCUGCACCUCCUGCAAGGCGGGGAUGAGAAAAAGGUGAACCUGGUGCUGGGGAAUGGCCGGUCCCUUGGCCUCACAAUCCGCGGGGGAGCGGAGUACGGCCUGGGCAUUUAUGUCACAGGUGUGGACCCCGGCUCUGAAGCAGAAAGCAGCGGGCUGAAGGUUGGGGACCAGAUUCUGGAGGUAAAUGGGCGGAGCUUUCUCAGCAUCCUGCACGAUGAGGCGGUCAAGCUGCUCAAGUCGUCCCAGCACCUCAUCCUGACAGUGAAGGACAUUGGGAGGCUGCCCCACGCCCGCACCACUGUGGACGAGACCAAGUGGAUUGCCAGUUCCCGGAUUGGGGACACCUCCACGAACUCAGCGGGGUUUCCUGGGGACCUCACAGCAGAAGGGACAAACAAGCUGGGAUUUUACAAGGGACCAGCUGGUUCCCAGGUGACCCUGAGCAGCCUGGGGAACCAGACGCGUGUGCUGCUGGAGGAGCAGGCGCGGCACCUGCUGAAUGAGCAGGAGCGCACCACCAUGGCCUACUACCUGGAGGAGUACCGCGGCGGCAGCAUCUCUGUGGGGGCCCUUGUCAUGGCUCUGUUUGAGCUGCUCAACACCCAUGCCAAGUUCUCUCUCCUUUCUGAGGUGAGAGGCAUCAUCUCCCCGCAAGACCUGGACUGCUUUGACCACCUGGUACUAAGGCGGGAGAUUGAGUCGAUGAAGGCACGGCAACCCCUGGGCCCUGGGGCUGGGGACACCUACUCUGUUGUCUCCUGCAGCGACACGGGCUCAUCCACGGGCAGCCGUGGCACCUCCACCACCGUCAGUUCGGCCAGGGAGCGGCUGCUGUGGCUUAUAGACCUGAUGGAGAACACUCUGGACCUGGAGGAAACUGGUGAAGCUGUCCAGGGCAAUAGGAACACCCUCCCAGAUAUUUCCGUGGAUGAUGUCAAACCCACCGCCGGGGGGCUGCCUAGCUGCAAGCCGCCGCCUCCCCCGCCACCCCUGGCCCAAGGCCACAACCCGAAGAAGCCAGGGAUAGAGGACCUCCUGCCGCCUUCCUCUGGGUCUUCUCAUGCAGGCAUUGUCUUUUCGGCCCCGAGGAAUCAGAGCCCACCAGCAAGCACCGACCCCACCCCAGGGGCCUCUUCAGCACCGGACUCACCCUCCUCCCCCAUCUACGCCUCCGUCUCCCCUGCCAACCCCAGCUCCAAGAGGCCCCUAGAUGCCCAUCUGGCCCUGGUCACCCAGCACCGCAUUGGGCCCUUUCCGCGAGUCCAGUCCCCCCCGUACCUGAAAAGCCCCCCUACAGAGGCCACACUGGUCGGGGGUUGCCUUCCACCGCCCUCCCCCUCCGGCCACCCAGAGCAGACAGGCACAAACCAGCACUUUGUCAUGGUGGAGGUGCACCGGCCAGACAGCGAGCCAGACGUGAACGAAGUGAGGGCACUGCCCCAAACGCGCACAGCCUCCACGCUCUCCCAGCUCUCCGACAGCGGGCAGACCCUGAGUGAAGACAGUGGUGUGGAUGCCGGUGAGGCAGAGGCUGGUGCUCUAGGCCGAGGCAGACAGAUGGUGUCCACCAAGAGCAGGAGUAGCAAGGAGCCACCUCGGAACGAGAGGACCACGGAAGGGGCCACCAAACCACCUGGACUCCUGGAGCCCACGUCUACCCUAGUACGUGUGAACAAAAGUGCAGCCACCCUGGGCAUCGCCAUUGAGGGUGGCGCCAACACGCGCCAGCCCCUGCCUAGGAUUGUCACGAUUCAGCGAGGUGGCUCAGCCCACAACUGUGGGCAGCUCAAGGUGGGCCACGUGAUACUGGAAGUGAACGGCCUGACACUUCGGGGCAAGGAGCAUCGGGAGGCUGCACGCAUCAUCGCAGAGGCCUUCAAGACCAAGGAGCGUGACUAUAUUGACUUUCUGGUCACUGAGUUCAAUGUGAUGCUCUAGGGACCAAGGCCCGUGGGCCUCCUAGCACUGCCCAGCUGCUGGCCCCAGCCCCUCCUCCCUCCUGGCACUGUUAAUCUCCUUGCGGGGCCAGGGCUGCAUAGGCAGAGUAGCAGGAAGACAUCCCCCGACUUCUCAGCCCACUGGACCAGAACUGGGAGAAGAGAGCCUAGUGAGGCCAACAGAAGGUCAGGUCAGGCUCUGGUGCCCUGCCCUGUACACAGGAGGCGCUCAAUAGAAGCAUGAGUUGUGGGAAAGCGAGAAAGGAAAGGGGAGGGUGGAGCGCCUGUGUCGUGACAUGUCCGUAUGAGGCCUGCCAGGGCCUGUUACUCCGGGUUAGGUGGCGGCCACUGCCGCCCCCAGCCAGCUGAGACCUAGCCCAUCCCCAGAUACCUGAGCCUUGGUCUGCAGUGAGGUCACAGGGGAAUUCAUGGACACAGCCCCCAGCCAGGGGGGCAUCUUGCAGGACCUUUAGUGCCACAAAUAAGCAUUAAGCGCCCCCUUUCACACCCCUGUUCCCCCUGGCUCCUUAUCCCCCCAUGGUAUUUAUUAUUUAUUUCCCUCUCCAUACUCCUGGGGACCCCAAGACCCCAGCUUCCCAUCCCACCCCGAGCGUAUCCCAGAGGCCUUGCAGGUGACUGGUGAUGUCAGUGUAUUUAUAUACAGAGCUUAUGACUUUAAUUUUUCAAUAAAGAAAUCUGAACAAGG